GGACCGUUGUAACGCUUGAUCGGGAAACAUAGUGUGCUGAGAAAGCAUUGACUUCUGGGUGACGGGACGGCGUUGGCAUGGAAACGACACGCGCGUGCGUAACGCGAUCUCUCGUUCAGGAGACGAGACAGUUGACAGGGGGACAUCAGCAAUUAAACGUAUAAGUGGGAAGAUUUCGGUAGGUUGGAAACACUUGAACGUAGAUUUUGUAUCAACACCUUACGAUUUACGUAAGUUGUUUUUCUACAUGAAGAGGCGAACCUUUUAGGAACAAUUAAAUUACGCCGACGAGAAAUAAUACUUCUUAGAUUUACAGUUUCCAUCAACGACAUUCACAGUCCGGACGGAGAGUGGACAGGCUUAGCACUUAUUUCACAAUUUCGUAGUUAGAGAUGGACAGAUUUCCUUUCAAAGAUACCUUCACGUUUGCUCAGGACAUAUUUAGGUCGACGCCGCCAUCUGUAGUAGAGAAGGUGACUCUUUACCAGGAAGAGUGCGCAGGGGAAAACCAUACACCGAAUAUGUUGGAUCAUCAAGUUAAAACGGAGCCAGCCCUUCACACGUGGCACUUAUCUCGCGCCGUAGACGGCAACGUUGACCCGACGAGGCCCCCAAACGUCGGCAACGCUGGCUUUACGUCAACUGCGCCAUUUCGGAGCAUGUCUAAAAUAGACGAUAAUCACAGCGGCCGCCAUGGGGACAUCGUCGCUGACGAAAAGAGAUCUGAAAAGAAAACUGACUUUAAAGUCGCCAGCAAGAUGAACAAUACCAAUAAUAAUAAUAACAAUAAUAACGGGGGGAGUAACAAAAGCGAAGAAAAACUAGAUCCUAAUCAGAAACCUCCUUAUUCUUACGUAGCUUUAAUCACCAUGGCCAUCAAAGAAUCAGGAGAAAAGAAACUGACACUAAACGGAAUCUACCAGUACAUCGUCAACAAGUUUCCAUACUACCAGAACUUAAGCACAAAGAAGCAAAAAGGUUGGCAGAACAGCAUACGGCACAAUUUAAGUCUCAACGAAUGCUUCUUAAAGAUCCCCCGGGAAGGGGGCGGCGAAAGGAAAGGAAAUUACUGGGCUCUCGACCCCGCGUUUGAGGACAUGUUCGAAGCGGGUAACUAUCGCCGAAGAAGGCGAAUGAAGCGUCCCUACCGCUCGCCAGUGUCCCUCCCGAAACCUUUGUUCACCGACUCCCCUUACGCCGCCUUCAACCACCUCUCCCCUCUGGCGGGGAAGAACUGCUUCUCGUCGCCGUAUUCGACGUGUAAUUGGGCUCUCAAUCCGCCCGCCCCAGCACCGGCCAACCCGUCGCAGUUUAACUACGGCCCACCUUAUUCCAGGAUGACGACACCUCUGUCCGGUUACCCUAGUCAACACCAUCCGUCACAGUAUUCGAACACCAUGUACGGGGGGCAGUAUGCGGAAUACCCUUCUGGUCCAGCCCCACCCCUUACGUUCCCCGGAAGACAGCAGGCCCCCGACCACACUCUAUCAUAUUCCUACUGGACGGACAGGACUCAGUUAUAG